GAAGGCGCGUGAGCUUCAGUCACUGCAGCUCUGUGGGUGAACUUCGUUCGGUGGUAAAGCGAGGAUAUGAUGUAUUAACAUGACAAGAACACGUGCGUGGAAGCGGGGUUGACUAUAUCGAGGCGACAGAUCAGAUUCCUCUGCAAGCACACGGCUUCAUGCAGCUCGCCGCAGGAGCUUAAGAGUUGGUCGGUGAUGAGGGGAGAUCCUUCUGCUGGAAGCAAGUCGUCACUGUCCGUGCAGAAGACGGGACCAUGAUGGGAGUUUACUGGUUGUUAAUAAUCCUGCUGAGCUGCACGACAUCUGGCAGAUGCAACGAGCAACAGUGGGACGUGCAAUGCACAACAGCAGAAAGCCCCAAGUAUGUGUUUGUGCCUUGCCCAAACAUGUCUGCCGGACAAGUCAAAGCCAAGAGCGAAGACACUGACGUGACAUAUAAGCUUUUCAAGAACGAGAAGUUGAUUCAAGUGUGCCCCAAAACUCAAAAACUGUGCAACCAAACCGAUCCAGACAUCCACCCAGAAAAAGACGAGAACGGGACACUUGCUGGUUUCAGGCUCACGAGAAAAGCAGUCCCAAAGCAAGCCAUCUACAAGUGUGAGGGUAAAGUUACUUACCCUCCUCCUGUCAUCAGCACCAACAGUACAGUCCUGAUCCUUGAGGAAGGACAAGGAUGCCCGCGCAAAACAGAAGAAUGUAAAACAGACGAACCAGAAGAGCAAAAAACAGGCAUACCUGUAUGGAUCUGGAUGGUGGUUGUUGCACUUCUUAGCACCUACAGCCUAGCAGCUACUAUUACUGCCUUGAUUAUCUGGUACAAAAUGAAGGAUGCAGAUUCCCAGAGCGACUACAUGAACACCAAACCCAGACCUCCUGCGAAACAGAGGAAGAAAAGAGGAGUCCAGCAUCCUAUACCAAGACACUUCUGAUGAGUCGGACAGCCCUGGAUCAUUUUCCUUGCUAUUCCUCAUCUGUAGGACUUACAAUGAAUAUAACAUAACUGUAAUCGGUUUCUUUUGUUUAAUUUUUUUUGUGUGUGUGUGUUCAUCUCUAGCAAAAGCAGCGCUUCCUUUAUGUGGGCGUCUGAAACAAUGAUGCGUAUAUUAAAGACAGUGUCAGGUUUUGCUCACUUCCUGUUUCGCUCACUGUAAAAGAAAGAUGUGUUCUUGGGAACCCCUAUCUUUGUGGUCGAAACAGAAGGUGGUGCCUCAAUGAGGGGACUUAACCACAUUUAAAGAGUUCUCUUGAGUUCGCAAAUCAGUGCAACACCUUGUGGAUCAACACUGACCACAACUUAAAUAAAUUGUUUAAACAAGGCGCAACGCCUCUCCUGCGAA